GGGGCGGCCGGCGGGGCCGCCCAGCCCUGGCUGCUGCGGCUGUCCAGCCGCGUCCGCCUGACGUGGCUGAGCUUCACGCUCCUGGUCAUCCUGGUGUUCUUCCCGCUCAUCGCCCACCACUACCUGACGACGCUGGACGAGGCGGACGAGGCGGGCAAGCGGCUGUUCGGGCCGCGGGCGGGCGGCGAGCUGUGCGAGGCCCGGCACGUGCUGGACCUGUGCCGCAUCCGCGAGUCGGUGAGCGAGGAGCUGCUGACGCUGGAGGCCAAGCGGCAGGAGCUGAACGGCGAGAUCGGGCGGCUGAACGUGAAGGCGGAGGCGUGCCGCAAGAGCAUCGAGGGCGCCAAGCAGGACCUGCUGCAGCUGCGCAGCGUCAUCAGCCAGACGGAGCACUCCUACAAGGAGCUGGUGGCCCAGAACCAGCCCAAGCUCUCGCUGCCCGUCCGCCUGCUGCCAGACAAGGAGGACCCCGGCCUGCCCCCGCCCCCGCCCCGGCGCAGCCGCGCCUGCCGCCUGCACGACUGCUUCGACUACUCGCGCUGCCCGCUCACCUCGGGCUUCCCCGUCUUCGUCUACGACGGCGAGCGCCUGCCCCUGGCCGCCCGCCUGGACCCGCUGGUCAAGCAGGCCUUCGAGGCCGCGGCCCGGGCCGACCCUUACGUGACGCGGGACCCGGACGUGGCCUGCCUGUACGUGGUCCUGGCCGGGGAGCUGCGGGAGCCCGGCCCGCCCGGCGAGCUGGAGCGGCAGCUGCGGGCCCUGCCCCACUGGCGGGCCGACGGGCACAACCACCUGCUGCUGCACCUGGCGCGCCGGCCCGGGGGCCCCGACCCGCUGGCCAACGUGAGCACGGGCCGGGCCAUGGUGGCCCAGGCCACCUUCCACGCCGCCCGCUACCGGCCGGGCUUUGACCUGGUGGUGUCCCCGCUGGUCCACGCCAUGGCCGAGCCCAACUUCCUGGAGAUCCCGCCCCAGGCGCCGGCCAAGCGCAAGUACCUCUUCACCUUCCAGGGCGAGCGGGUGGAGGCGCCGCGCCCCCCGGGCGGCGGGGGGCCGCGGGGCGGGCGCGGGGCCGGGCCGGGCGACGAGGCCGAGGCCGAGGAGGAGGAGGAGGAGGAGGAGGAGGGGCGGGGCGGGGCGGCGGCCCCGGCCGACUACGACGACCGCAUCGUGGCCACGCUCAAGGCCGUGCAGGACAGCAAGCUGGACCCGGUGCUGGCCGAGUUCACCUGCAAGCUCCCGGCCCAGCCCGGCCUGCCCGGCGAGUGGGCGCUCUGCGGCCGGCGGGAGGACCGGCUGCGCCUGCUCCGCGCCUCCACCUUCGCCCUGAUCAUCGCGCCCGGGGACCCGCGCCUGCUGGCCACGGCCGGGGCCGCCCUGCGGCUCUUCGAGGCCCUGGAGGCCGGGGCCGUGCCCGUGGUCCUGGGGGAGCAGCUGCGCCUGCCCUACCACGACGUGCUGCGCUGGAGCGAGGCGGCCCUGCUGCUGCCCAAGGCGCGCGUCACCGAGGCCCACUUCCUGCUGCGCAGCCUCUCGGACGGCGACCUGCUGGCCAUGCGGCGCCAGGGCCGCUUCCUCUGGGAGACCUACCUGGCCACGGCGGCCGGCGUCUUCAGCACGGUCCUGGCCGUGGUGCGCACCCGCCUGCAGAUCCCCGCCGCCCCCAUCCGGGACGAGGCGGCCGCCGAGAUCCCCCACCGCUCGGGCAAGGCGGCCGGCACGGACAACGCCAACCUGGCCGACAACGGCGACCUGGACCUGGGCCCCGUGGAGACGGAGCCGCCCUACGCCUCGCCCCGCUUCCUCCGCAACUUCACGCUCACGGCCGCCCACCUGCACCGCAGCUGGAACGCGCCCCCGGGGCCCUUCCACCUCUUCCCCCACACGCCCUUCGACCCGGCGCUGCCCUCGGAGGCCAAGUUCCUGGGCUCGGGCACCGGCUUCCGGCCCAUCGGGGGCGGGGCCGGCGGCUCGGGCAAGGAGUUCCAGGCGGCGCUGGGUGGCAACGUGCCCCGCGAGCAGUUCACCGUGGUCAUGCUGACCUACGAGCGAGAGGAGGUGCUCAUGAACUCGCUCGAGCGGCUGAACGGGCUGCCCUACCUCAACAAGGUGGUGGUGGUCUGGAACUCGCCCCGGCUGCCUUCCGAGGACCUGCUGUGGCCCGACAUCGGCGUCCCCGUGGUGGUGGUGCGCACCGAGAAGAACAGCCUCAACAACCGCUUCCUGCCGUGGGACGCCAUCGAGACGGAGGCCGUCCUGUCCAUCGACGACGACGCUCACCUCCGGCACGACGAGAUCAUGUUCGGGUUCCGGGUGUGGCGGGAAGCGCGAGACCGGAUCGUGGGGUUCCCCGGGCGCUACCACGCGUGGGACGUCCCCCACCAGUCCUGGCUCUACAACUCCAACUAUUCCUGCGAGCUUUCCAUGGUGCUGACCGGCGCCGCCUUCUUUCACAAGUACUACGCCUACCUGUACUCGUACGUGAUGCCUCAGGCCAUCCGGGACAUGGUGGACGAGUACAUCAACUGCGAAGACAUCGCCAUGAACUUCCUCGUCUCCCACAUCACCCGCAAGCCCCCCAUCAAGGUGACCUCACGCUGGACGUUCCGCUGCCCGGGCUGCCCGCAGGCCCUGUCGCACGACGACUCCCACUUCCACGAGCGGCACAAGUGCAUCAACUUCUUCGUGCGGGUGUACGGCUACAUGCCGUUGCUCUACACGCAGUUCCGGGUGGACUCCGUGCUCUUCAAGACGCGUCUGCCCCACGACAAGACUAAAUGCUUCAAGUUCAUCUAGGGCCCGGCCGGCCCGGCGCGGGGACGGCCGCCGGGCCGAGGAGGUGGACGCCCCGACCCGUCGUGACUGGGGGUCGGGCACCCGAGGCGGACCGGGAACGCCGCGACGGGGCCCCGGCAGGGCCCGCCGAACCGAGGGAACGCCGCCGCUCGGACGGGACCCGGGGGUGCAUCCGAAUGGUUACUUGUCCGGGGUGACUGGUUUGAGGUGUUUUUUAAUAUUAUAAUUAUUUAAGAUGGAAGUGUUUCAGAUCAGCCUCCCUGGGCUUCUAUAUAUACGUAUAUAUCCGUGUGCGUGUGCGUGUAUAUAUGUACGUGUGCAUAGAUGGCUCCCGGGCCCCUCUCCGCUCGUCUCCCCCUCGGCCCCGCGUCCCUCCGUCGCCGUUCCUCCGCCAGCCCCCGUGUCUCCGGUGGCCCCCGGCCCCUACCCUCGUGUGACCUGAGGAGGGGCCGCAGACUCCCGCCUUGGGCGGAUGGCGGGGGGAGGAGGGGAGAUCCUGCCCCGCUCCCCUCCUCCACCCCCGGCGCCCCGCCCGCCGUGGGACGUCGGACCCGUUCUCCACCGUCGCCACGGUCCCUUUCCGCUGGGGGACGGUCCCCAGGCGGGGCCGGGCUGGGGAGGCGGGCGCCGCCCCCCUCGACACCCCCCCCGCCCCCGUCAUCCACCCACCCGCUUCAGGCUGCCUGGACCCGUGCCUGUGGCUGCUGCUGCCCCGUGUUGGGGAAGGGGUCCGGCGGGGUCCGGCGGGACCGUGGGCGGGCGGGUCCGGGGGGACGGGCCAACCGACACCCUCCCAAGCAGAGGUUGGGGAGGGCGCCCUAACUGGGCUACCGGGCCGGGGACCGCCCGGAUCCGGCCCCACGCGCUCCCGGACAUCUUCGGCCCCGCCCGGGCCCGGCCCUCCCCGCUCCUCCCCUGCGCCGGGGCUGGGGGUUCGGCCGCCCGCCCCCCGCCACGGCCCCUUUCUGCCCCCCCCUUCCCUCUAGAAAUGGGGCGUCUCUGCCGGGAACCCCCGGGCGCCCCUCACCCCGGCACAACGGUUCCGGCAUCGGGUUUUGUAAGCAGAUGAAUAAAGAGAAAGUUACCUCAA